AUGGCCAAAACCGAAUGUCAAAUUUUGGUCGAAUAUUUGCCAGGAUUUCUCGUUGGUAACUACCACAUCAGUGAAUCUAGCAUCAAAAAGAAGGUUGGCGGCUACGAAUCAUCAGCCUUAAUCUUUUUUUCCAUUUCUAUAGAAAUUGUCCAGAACUCAGAGCCAUUUUAUAUUCUACGCAUUGCUUUUCCUGGUUUGCUGUUCUCUUACAACAGCGCAAUCAUACAUCCGCGCAACCGCAACAGGGCCAAAAAAAGCAUACGUAGAUUUAGCAUGAAGACAAUAGCAGAACGGAUGUGGAAUUCGCUCUGCCAAAAUGUAUCUAAGGCUAUCUUGAAGCUAGUAAUAUUCGCUGAGUUUAAUAAACCACGUUCUAAAACUGAAAAGCCUAAGUUGAAUUUAAAACCACGUGGUACGGUUAAAUAA